AUGAAGAUAUUCGCCAUUGCAGCACUUUUAGUCGUCUCUGUGGCUGGUAGAGGUUCAGGACCUUACUUACCUAGUGGUUGGAGACCGGAAGGUCCAGCCUUCUAUCUACCAUCUGAAGUUGAGAAGCCCAAAGAAAAUCCAAUCAAAGAUGUGAUAUAUCAAGAAUCGAUAGCGUCAGGAUCCGAUUCCUUCCAAGAGUAUGGUCCGCCGAAGGUUGAUUUCGAGUUGUCAAAGCAAGGACUACCUGAUGUUGUCACUGAACAAGUAUUUGCUGUGAUUGAAGCGAAAGUGCAAGAAAAUGUUGAAGAGAAAGUAGCUGUAACUCAAACAGAAGCUGUUGUUGCAGACUCUGAAGCUAACCUCAGUCAACAAUCGAUCGUACAAGAAAUAUUGCCAGUAACAGAAUUAGUCCAAGAAGAAGCAACAACUCCUUUAACUGAGACGGAAAUAAUCGAAGACAUACAACCAGCUGAAGUAACCACACAACUAGUUGAAAUAGCAACCGCAGUUGAAAUUGAAGAAACUCCUAUCAUCGAAGUAUUAGAAAAAGAGACAGCAGUAAUACAGCAAGAGAAUGAGAACGCCAACAGCAAUAUCGUAUCAACAUUCCAAGAAAGAGUGCAAGUAGAGGAAAUACAGACUGUGAAAGAAGAAGUACAGAAAGUCGAAACUGAGGUUAAAAGUGUAGAAACUGAAGUCCAGAAAGUAGAAACACAAGUACAGAACUUCGAAACAGAAAUCAAGACUAUUGUACAAGAGGUUCAAAAUAUCCCCGAGUUAUUGAACAGCAUUGACAAUGAAGCCAAAAAGGUGGAGCCUGUUGAAGACGUUUCAGCCAAAGUAAUUCAAGAAACGUUUGGUUCUCUUGAACAAACUCCCGAAGGUUUCUUGGAGUACGGUCCCCCCGGAUUCAAAGAAUACGGACCACCAAAAGAGGAAGUUGUUCCAGUUUCUGAGGUGAUUCAGCCCGGUCUGCAGACGAUUGAAAGCAAUGUUAACAGAAGACGCCGAUUUUCCCCCAAAUUCAGGACUGCAAGGAAAGCGAACAAACACUAAAACAAUCAAAUACGAUGAAAACUGCGAUUAAAUGGCGAAUAAUUUAAAGG